UUUCUACAUGGAAGGUUUCUGUUGCAUGCAUUGAUCUCCAUGCACACCUCGUAAAGAGUUUAUCUGGUGAUUGACUGGCUUGUUUCACUUCAAACAAUGGAAUGGGAAACUAAAUGUACAGCCCAGGUGAUGUACGUAGGCUACAGUGUAUCUAAAGGGUUGUAGUUAUCAGUAUCUCCCACAUGAGGUCGUCGUUUAUCCUUGUAUUUUCUCCAUGUUGGAAAGGUUGAAAGCUGUUUCGAUAGUGGCUUUGGAGAAAUCUGCAGGUAAAGCGCUUCCACCAACGUGAAUCCUGUGAAUGUGAGGGCCCAGUCCUAGAUGCAUUCAAAGUUGUUUAUUCUAUUGAAGUAUUGCCAGGACAUUUAACCUCUCAAAAGUGUUUGAAGAGAUUGCGAAAUAAUACGUCGAUUUUUAUUUAAACCUAUAGUCUAGUAGGACUAGUCAUCUUUUCAGUUGGGUGUUUGAAACGUAGUCUAACCUAAUGUAUUUCGGAUGGAUAACAUUUUGUUAACCACAGAAAUAAGACAAGGGACCGUGUGCCGAUGCUACACACCAUCCUAAAAAAUGAUGAGUCAGAAUGUUGGAGGAGUCCGCAACGUCUAAAUGUUUGCAUUACUCAACGUGGCUACAUAGCAACGACGGGCUCCGUCCACGUGAAAUGGUUGUAUAAAUUGACCAACCAAAUUCUACUUUAUCCCUAACAACCAAUAGCAAAAGACCAGGGCGUGCCCCUCCGUCGCCUUAUUCCGUGUGGAAACUUUACCGGCUCGGGUGCAAAGUUUCAGCCGUCUGCAAAUCGGAGUCUACGGUCAACGUUUCUGGAAUAUGCCCUUGUCUUUGAAUGUUCCCAAUUGUCUGCUUUUGAGGAACCAACAUCGGUCUUAGCUGUAUCUGGAAUUGGAGUCGGUGGUAAUCGUACGACAAUGACGAAUUGUUAGCGACCGUAUAAAUAUUUACAAGACGUGGUGGAAUCGCAUCAUAUGCCUAUCGAUUGGCUCGCAUGUUGUAGCUAACGUUACAGCUAGUAUACCGUAACAUCGUACGUGCAUAUCGUAAGCUAGCUAGCUAGCUAACUCAGUUAACGUUAACAAGUGAUCAGCGGAGAGAAAUGGCUUGUGAACCUAAUCGUGUGCGGCUAAUAUGCAUGCUUUCAUUGACUUUUGGCUUUUUUAUCGUGGAGGUUGUCGUCAGUCGGAUCACUGCAUCUUUAGCAAUGCUUUCGGACUCCUUUCAUAUGCUAUCGGAUGUCAUAGCGCUGCUUGUGGCUUUGGUGGCCGUGCGCUUCGCUCAGAAAACACAAUCGACAAAUAAAAACACCUUCGGAUGGAUCCGGGCUGAGGUGAUGGGGGCUCUGGUCAACGCAGUGUUCCUCACAGCUCUCUGUUUUACCAUAAUAUUGGAGGCCGUCGAGCGAUUCACCAACCCACAUGAAAUCGAGAAACCCCAUGUAGUUAUCGGUGUGGGGGCCGCCGGGCUCCUGGUCAACCUCCUAGGGCUGUGCUUGUUCCACGGACACGCAGGUGGUGGACACGGGCACUCCCACGGAGGAGGAGGCCAUUCUCAUGGAAAUAAGAAAAACAAGCGGGGUAAACUAUGCAAGUCAGAAAGACCGAAUGGCUCAUCAGGAGAGGAGACCAACAACCUGGUAGGAAGCCACAACAGCCCCCCUAAUGGCGUGAACACCGAGAGACGUAGACAUGAGAUCGUUUGUAACGACAGUGAGAUGCAGAUGAACGGCAGCGCUCCCUACGAGGAGCUGGACUACAGCCACGACGAGGCCUCGCUCAACAUGCGUGGCGUCUUCCUACACGUGCUGGGCGACGCCCUGGGCUCUGUCAUCGUGGUGGUCAACGCCCUCAUCUUCACCUUCGUAUGGCGGCCGUGCCCGCCCGGCGAGACAUGCUUCAACCCAUGCAUCGACAGCCACUCCACCGACGGUAACAGUUCUAGCUUUCAACGGACCGUGGUGGGACCGUGCUGGGUGCUGUACCUGGACCCCACGCUGUGCAUCAUCAUGGUGGGUAUCCUGCUCUACACCACCUACCCACUGCUCAAGGAGUCUGCACUGAUCCUCCUGCAGACGGUGCCCAAGCAGAUCGACAUGCAUCGCCUCAACGAGCGGCUGCUCUUGCUGGACGGCGUGCUGGCCAUCCACGAACUGCACAUCUGGCAACUGGCGGGCUCACGCAUCAUCGCCACGGCGCACAUAAAGUGUCACGACCCCACGUCCUACAUGGACGUGGCCAAGCGCAUCAAGGACUUCUUCCACGACGAGGGCAUCCACGCCACCACCAUCCAGCCUGAGUUUGUUACCAUCAACUCCGAGUCAAGUGCCUCCCUCUGCGAGCUCUCCUGCCGGACACAGUGCGCACCUAAGCUGUGUUGUGGCGCUGCUGACAAGCUGGGCGUGGCUGUUGCUGGUCCGGUAGGCUCGGAGAAGAUCCUGAGUGGUGAGGGGAAUGCGCUGGCGGCCUCGGCCAUAGAUGUAAUCAACGAGACCCCACAGGGAGCAGCAGUCCUGGAGCAGGCGGCCACUGCAGUUGUCCAGGUGGUUCCUCAGCUGGAACCCGAGGUCGUCAUCACCCGAGAGGUGGAGUCUUCUCUGUGAGAGAGACCAGACCAGACAGUCAGAGGAGGUUUUUUUUCUUUUCAAGUGCGGGCAAAACUUGCCGACGGGUUGUCGUUUGUACAGCGCUCUCGGUUUCUGGAGACUGGUUGAAAAAUGGCUCCGCCGCGGUCUGGUUUGAUGACACCCUCUGUUCUGAGCCCCUAACCCUCCCACUGCCUACCCCACCUCCACAACCUACCCCUAGCCACCUUUACCUCCUGACCCCCUUCACCCCUGACCCACUCUGAGUGUCACAGAGAGCAGCACAUUGAUGAUACUUGUGACUUCACCUCUCACCCAGGCUGGGGUUCAGCCUGGUCUUGCCUGCUGCAUGUGUGGCCUACCCCUCAUUAGCACCAUGUUGUGAUGUGUGUGUGUGUGUGUGGUCCUGUCCCUCCAUGGUGUCUCUGUGCCAAAGCUUCUCAAUGCAGGGCAGAAGGGACAAGGGGAGACUCCAACAAGGACAAAGAGCAAAUACUACAUAUGCAAGGCAACGCACACCUGUCUACUCCGCAGGUUUUUUAAAUCUAUCUCUGAACCUUUCAUUUUAUGUAUUAUUACAUAUCUGUUGGAUAGGCUUUGAACAUCUCUAUUUUAUUAGCCUUGGGCGCCCAAUGGAAAAUGAUUAUAUUACAACAAAAAUAUUUAUGUAUUUAAGUUUAGUAAUGAUCUCUUUCUCUCUGUCAAUGCUUUCAUAAUAUUUAGUUUGGAUGAUGGAUUACAUUUGUUGUAAUUGUUCUGCCACUUGAAUAUUUGACCAACCAUCUAUGCUGUAGACUUUUUUUUUUGUUGAAAUCGUGCAUUUUACUUUUAAUUAUGACUUUUCUGGCCUUGACUCUGUUUUAAUGGCUGUUGUGAGUUGAAUGCAGAUGCUGUGUUUAAAAAAAGUAAACUCACACCUCACCUUUAUUUCAAACUGAUUUUUAAAUGGCACUGAGUACAGUUGGAAUAAGUACUGUAGGUUAGCCUAGCUUGUAUUGGCAAACUUCGACAAACAUCAAAUCGGCCUUGCAAGCCUGUGCGUCUAUCACUGAAAUAAAUGUGUACUACAAAAUGUCAACAACUAUAUUGUUUUAAAUCUAUGCUGGAGGACAUUCAGAUGGGUUGUUGAAAUUCAUACUAAUAUUCCUCAUGAAUAUGUUGAGGAAGGGACCUAGUCAAAAUCCAUGCUGAAGGUUUUUAAUUUCUAGUCCUUCUGCUGCGACGUUGCAUGACCAAACUGAAGUGUUCUUUGAAUCACAGAGCUUCAAAACAAGCUAACAGUGCUGCAAAACAGUAGCCUACUUCCUCGUUUUCUCAGAUAGCAAGAAUAACUUUUAUCGAAAUGUCACUUGGGCCUAAGCUUCUCCUUUCUUUGUAGUGAAUGAGUUUGUUAGGCUUCAUGUGCCGAUUUGACAGUAAUCUUAGUGGCCUUUUUUAAUAGAAGGAAAUCUGAUCAUUCCUCAUCCAGUAUCAUUUAUUAUCAACUUCACAAAGAUAUCGUUUUGUAUGAUGAUUCAAGGAUGCAUUUCAGAUAUCCACUCAAAGUGAAUGUGUAUGCAGUAUAGAAGCAUUGUAUUGGGAAAUGCAUUUUGACACGUUCCUUUGUUUUGGAAAUGUCUGGUUACUAUUAUUCGGUGUCUUUGAGACUCGAUCUCUCUGUGCAAAUUCAGUUGUCGUUUUUUGGAUUUUAGAUGUGUUUUUGAUAUAUUACAGUACCUGUCAAUGUGUCAUUGUGAAAAUUAAACAUGCUUGUUUGGUACAGUU